CUUUUGAAGAAGUUCAUAAUUCGCGAGAAAAAGCUUUUUUUAAUUAAAUAUUAAUUAUCAAUAAUCUUUAAGGACUAAGCAUCGCAUUAAGAACAAUGCAGGACGAUAAAAACGCUAUUUUUCAGAUGCGUUUUCCGCAAAAAUUAUGGUAUUUGCUCAACAUGAACACAGAAGCUAUUUUGUGGGGCGGCACAGGACGCACAAUACUGUUGAAUUAUCGAAUCCUCCAUUAUUAUUUGCAAUGCGACCAUUCAAUAUUCAAAACUACUAAUAUAUCUAGUUUUGUCAGACAGUUGAAUUUAUAUGGGUUUCGAAAAGUCACCUCCCACUUACAAGACCCUCUUUGUAACUCUAGUAAUCCCUACAUGCAUGAAUAUGUGCAUGAUUAUUUUCAAUACGGAAGACCAGAAAUGUUAAAUAAAAUAACUAGAAAAGCAUUAGCUAUUAGAAAGACAUAUAAAUCAAAGGGUAGUCCUGAUCAAAUGCUGUACUUGACACCUCUGCAAAAAGCUCGUCGAGCUUUCCAUGAAGCCCUGAAAAAAGCUACUCAAGACUUGUUCAUGCAAAGCUCUUCAAAACAUCUUUGUAAUCUUGAGUCUGAAGAUGGACAAGAUGAUUUUUGUGAUGAUGAAGAGGCUGAAUUUGAUUGGUUUGGCACCUCUAACAAUUUUAAUAAAGAUCCCGAAAAACCUAUCCCACCAACAGCCAAUGGAGAUUCUCAAGACUUUAAAAACACCAUGCUGAACAAUGAAAGUUAUGAGAAUUCUACUCAGGAAAAUCUGGUAAACUUCAAUGAUGAAGAGUCAUGUCAACAGAACAAUGAUAACUUUCCUAUUCAGUUUUUGAGUAUGCCAGAAUUGGAUACUGAGCCUAUAGAUACCAAAUCUGUAGAAUUGCUAGCAGAGUUUGACAUUCAGCAUGAUGUUCAUGAUGGUAUUGUAAGAAAGGCAACAGGGAAAGAAAAUGAGCACAUCUCUUUGAACUGUGUUCUUCCUUCAGUGAGCAAUGAUCCCAACGAUGAUGGUACUUCAACUGAGAGGAUGAAUGAUGACUCUGACCAUUACCAUGGAGAAUGGGACCAAAUGUUUAAUGAUUUUAUGACCAACAAAGAACCUAACCAAGAAUGUGGGUCUGAUUUAAAAGAACUAUAUUCUCAAAUAUCAAGGACCAUAGAUUUGCUUAAUUCUUAGAUUUAAGUUGGUCUUAGUAAUUAAAAAGGUGUUAUUAU